UUUGUAGUGUAUAUAUUUUUCUUGACGUGGAUAGCAGUGGUUGCUAUCUGUAUGAUUCCACUGUGGUGGUUCUCUAUCAUCAAAACAACACACUGUGGCGAUCCAGGUGGAUGUAUCGAUCUCAGACAAUUCGGAUUGGUUCCCAUGACGUUGCCAGAUGAGCAUGCUAGGGUGUGCGGGUCCACGCUGGUGACAAUCUGUGUCGAGAACCCCUGGGAUAUGUACUUACUUGGCACAUUGGGUGCAAUAGCGUGUCUUGUAUUGGUGGGUCACUUUUUGAUGAUAUUUUCUUCAAAUUAUGCUCACAUUCAUGACAAUUUCCACCGGGCAAGAUUGCAGAGAGGACGUAAUGCGGCUUCGUAUAACCCGACUGCAUCACCGAAUCAAUACACACCAGAUGUUAUAACACUUGAAGAGCAGGAAAACCAAUAUGCCACAUCAGGAAGGAGUAGAUCUCGUGAUCCGAUCGGUUAUUCGUCAUCAAAUAACAAAGAUCCUCUCUCUUAUCAGAUGUAGCAUUCUUAUAGGUAUGCCACCGGAAUUCAGAAAUAUUUUCUGAUCUGUUUUGUUGGGGGAGGGGGCAAGCUGCACUUUUCAAAAAGAAUGCAAGUUUUUGUAUAAGAGCAGCUCACACAAUUAGAACGAUCUCCACGGAUCACACAGCGAUUCUUUAUUCUACAAUACUAGCUUUAAUGUAAUAUUUCAACCACAGAACGGACAUUUUUUUCUCUCUACAACACAAGUAUAUUACUUUUUAUUUCUUGCAUAAACUUUUUGCUUUAUUCAAGUAUUUCUUGAGGAAACCACACUUUUCCCCUUUUUUAUAUGUAAUAUGUUAUAUGUAAUUUUUUUUAUCAAAAAUCUGAUUUAAAGAAAAUGAAAACCAUGUGAUUAACUAUUAUGUCUUGAUAUGGAACACAUUACAGUAUGUGCAGUACAUUUCUGGCUCAGAUAUAUCUAAGCUAGUGCUCUCAAUAUUGUUUAUUAACAACAAAAGUAAUAAAAUUUACAAACUAGUUAUACAGUAAAUUAUUUAAAAAAGAAAAUGAUAAACUUUGACAUAUAAAUAUGUUAUAUUAUUUCACUGCCUUAUCUAUCUACUUCAUCUAAUGCUAUUCUCUUAAAUAUAAGCAACUUGUACAGAUUUUCAAUCACACGAGUGACAUUUGAUAAAGCCAUUCAUCAUCAUCAUCAUCAUCAUCAUCAUCGUCGUCGUCUUUGUUGUCUUGGUAACUAAAGCUUUCAGUUACAACAUCGAUGCAUGAAUUUUGUGCAAAAUUCUAACGAGUGGUAAAAACCAGUCCUGACUGUGACCACACCACAGAAGAAUAUGUUGUUUAUCAAUCCGGAAUACAACCAUAUAGUUAUUUAGAUAGCUAAGAAUUGUAUUAUUAUAUUAAGAUGUUGUUUUGUUUAAGAAAACAAAUCAGUGCGUGACAAAUACAAAAAAAAACUACCUAAUUACUGUAAAGAUAAACAAGAAAGUUUCCUUUAUUAUUGUGUCUUGUAUACCAAGUUUUGAAGUGUUGUACUUGUUUGGUUAAAUAAGGUGAUAAUAUAAUCAUGAAAUAAAAAUUUAUAAAUAA